CGGCGCCCACAAAGUCGCAGCCACGGGGAGGCGCCGAGGGAAAGGGAAGAUGAGCUGCUUUCCGUGCUUCGGCGGCGGAAAGAGCAAGAAUGACGACGCCGACGCGGAGGGCCCGGACGCGCCGGCCACGGCGUCCAACAUGACGCCGCCGCCGAUGGUGCAGGCGCCCGCCGCGUACUCCCCAGCGCCCGCGGCCUCGGCCGCUCCAUCAGCCGCGGCGCCGCCCAAGCCCGGUGGCGCCAACAACGCGGACCCGUCUUCCGUCGACGACGCGUCGCUGCGAGCCGCCAUCACGGCGCAGGCGUUCGCGUUCCGCGAGCUCGCCGCGGCCACCGAUCACUUCACGCCGUACAACCUCGUCGGAGAAGGCGGCUUCUUCCGGGUCUACAAGGGCAAGUUAGAGAAGAGCGGCCAGACCGUGGCCAUCAAGCAGCUGGACAAGCACGGCUUCCAGGACAACAAGGCGUUCCUGACAGGGGUCGCCAAGCUCAGCCAGCUCCACCACGAGAACCUCGUCGACAUCGUCGGCUACUGCGCCGACGGCGACCAGCGGCUGCUGGUCUACGAGUCCGUGCCCGCCGGCACCUUGGAAGACCACCUGUACGAUUUGUCGGCGGGCAAGAAGCCGAUGGACUGGUGCACGAGGAUGAAGGUGGCGUACGGCGCGGCGCAGGGGCUGGAGUACCUGCACGAGAAGGCGAACCCGCCGGUCGUGUACGGGGAGUUCAAGGCGUCCCACAUCCUCCUCGACGAGAGCCUCACGCCCAAGCUCUCCGACUUCGGCCUCGCGCAGCUCGGCCAGGCGGGCGGCAGCAUGCCGGUGGCGUCGCCGAUGAUGGGUUCGUUCGGCUGCGCCGCGCCGGAGUACGACCGGAGCGGGCAGGCCACCAUGAAGUCCGACGUGUACAGCUUCGGGGUCGUGCUCGUGCAGCUCAUCUCCGGCAGGAGGGCCGUCGAUACCAGCAAGCCUGUGGCCGAGCAGAAUGUGGUCACCUGGGCCAUGCCAAUGUUCAAAGACCAGAAGAGAUAUCACGAGCUGGUUGAUCCACUCAUCAAAACCGAGUACCCAGCCAAAGCGUUGAACCAGGUGGUCGCCAUGGCAGCGAUGUGCUUGCAGGAAGAGGACUCCGUGCGACCACUGAUGGCCGACGUCGUCAUGACGCUGGGCUUCCUCACAUCUAUGCCGCCAGAUCCACCGGCCCCUGUUGCUCCACCGGCCACCGCCCCAGAGCCGAAGAAAGACAAAGGACGAUCGGACGAUCAUUCCGACUCGUCGUCAGAAUCUUCGGACGACGACGAAGGCAACGAGGACGAGGAGGAGGAGGAGGAAGCCGAUGAGCUUUAUACGAGCAGGAGCAGGAGCAAUGAUACGAGCCGAUGAGCAAUGACUCGUCGUCAGAAUGUGGAAGGGCAUGGAGGUGAAGUGGCUUGAUGCACUUAGGAGUAUCGUGUAAAGGAGUUCAGUGCGUGGACUGGCUACCGAGAGGUCGUGGCAAUGUAAAUUUGUGGGGGUGUUCAUAAGUGAGUAAUGUUUUUUUUAAUGACGGGACAUCUAAAUGUGAGCUUAU